CUUCUGUAGGUGGUGAAUUGCACAUUCUUGAUAUGAGAGAUGUCAGGGAUGACCCAAAGCCUGGGGACCUGAUUGAGAUCAAACGGGGACAUUACGAUCACUGGGCCCUCUACGUGGGGGAUGGAUAUGUCAUCCAUGUGACAAUUGCAGGUGAAAAUUCUUCAUCUGUGUCAACUGGCUCUGUGUCACUACAUUCGGGAAAGGGCAAGAGUAAAGUGAUAAAAGAACGCCUGAAGGAGGCUACUGGAAAUGAUAACUGGCGUGUCAACAACAAGUAUGACCACUGCCGGACUCCUUUCCCUGUGGAGGAGAUCAUCCGGCGUGCUGAGAGUGAGAUUGGCAAGGUCAUGCCAUAUCAUUUGUUCAACAAGAACUGUGAGCACUUUGUGACCAAGCUCCGCUAUGGAGAAGCAGUCUCUGAGCAGGUGAGUGGCACAGGGUGAGCCCUGGGUGCCUCCCAGAGCAGCUCCUGGCUGCUGCCUGUGAGCCCAGCACUGGGACACAGCCUGCAGCCUGCAUGGGCACAGCCCAGUGCCAGGCGUGGGCUCCAAAGCAGCGCUGCCUCUGGCCUCCCCAGAGCCCCUGGAGCUGGAGGGUCACUCUGCUCUGUGUGCACCCUGACAGUGCCCUCUCCUAGGGCUACAA